AUGCCCUCCCCAAAGAAGACCGGAGGCAAGUCCAAGUCCUCCGCACCAGCGCCCGCUCCCCAAGACACCCCCGCCGCGCCCCUACGGCCCCCGCUCCAGUCGCGCAGUCAGAAGGCCGGUCUUCAGUUCCCCGUCGGCCGUAUCCACAGGUACCUCAAGCAGCGCACGCAGCACAGCCUCCGGAUAGGCGCAAAAGCCGCCGUGUACACCUCCGCGAUCCUCGAGUAUCUCACCGCGGAGGUCCUCGAGCUAGCAGGGAACGCGUCCAAGGACCUCCGCGUCAAGCGCAUCACCCCGCGCCACCUCCAGCUCGCCAUCCGCGGCGACGAGGAGCUCGACACGCUCGUGCGCGCGACCAUCGCCGGCGGAGGUGUCCUCCCGUUCGUGCACAAGGCGCUCACGCAGGGCAAGAAGAAGGGCGACUUGCCCGCACAAUAG